AUGACUGAAGAUAGUGUGCCUCCUAGCAACACAUCAGUGAAAUCGAAAAAGGAACAUUCUAGACGUUCCUCAACUAUUUCUAGAAGAACUACAGAAAUCAUGAGCACUUAUCCUGAUGAAAAAGAUAAUUUAGAUAAAGCUCAUCCAUUCAGGGAUCAAUUUAAAUCAAUGUUUUAUAGACGUUGGAUUGGACUUAAGCGCUCUUGGGGAUCAGUACUUUCCAAUUUACUUGUCACAUUAGUUGUAUCAUGCUUAGCAAUUGCCGUAAAAUAUUUUAUGGAAUCAGUUGCCAAAGACACUAGUACCCUUUAUAACUUCAGCGCAUUCCCGGUAAAACCACAUGCAUUAGCUGUUGUUGCAAGCGAUUAUCCAAAUUACAUUAGCAAACCUUUCCAGAAAAGAUACAUUAAUGCAAUUUACAAUGUAUUUAAUUCCGAUGUGGGAUAUCCUCCAGAUAUUCACGUAUUUCCAAAUUUAGAUGAAGCAAACAAGUAUAUUUAUGAUUGUAAGAACAAUGAUGUAUUUGUUGCAAUGGGAAUACAGUUACCAGAAGAAUUUAAUCCUAAUGGCGGAAAUAAUCUCACAAUGAUUUGGAAUGAUACAGUUGAAAUGAAUACGGGUUCUGCUACUUUUCCAAACAUGUCAUAUAUCUCAUAUUCGAUUAUGUACAGGGUUGAAUUAGCAACACUUUCAACUGUUGCAAAUAUGAGUGAUACAACAUAUGAUAGCGUUCCGCCGAAAUAUAAGAUGUUCAUUAAUGCAUUCUAUGAUGCAGUUGGAUUUUCAAAGCAUGCAGAUUUCAGUCCAAAGUACUCCAUGUAUACUGGUAAAGGAAGGGAUGUCAUGUUUGCAAUUGCAUCGCCUUUACUAAUUGCUGCAGGUUUAACAUCAGUCAUCUCAAUCUUUAUUGUGGUUCCAAUCACAGAUAUACAAGGACCUAUUAGAGCGUAUAUGGUUUCAUGUGGCCUCCAAGUUUUACCCUACUGGAUUGUUACAUUUGUUUUCGACUUUAUUUAUUGGACCAUUGAAGUUUUGCUUGUUUGGGUAAUAUUCAUAAUAGCUGAUGUAAGUGUAUUCACUGAAAAUAAAGGAGUAUCAUUUUACAUCAUGUUUAUCUGUGGACCUUCAUUGAUAUUGUUUAUUUAUGUCAUUUCCUUCAUAUUCAAUACUGCAGAUUCAGCAUCAAGAAAUGCAUUUAUUUGCGAUAUCAUUCUUCUUAUGAUUCCAUUAAUUGUGACACUUGUUACUUUAGAUAUGGAGGAUCCACUUGGCUCUUUCCAAAAGAUUGAAUGGACAGGAUGGAUAUAUGAAUUAUUCCCUCCACUAUUACUAGAAGGAUAUAUGCAGCAUGUCUUCACCGAAUAUUCAUACAAUAAAGAAGGACUUAAGUAUUAUUUCAAGAAUGCAUCAGCUGCUCAACCAUAUUCGAUCUUUGCAUUUGUUGAUAUCAUUAUUUAUGGAGUAAUUCUCAUCAUUAUUGAAAAAUGGAGAAUUUAUAUUCAGAGAAAGUCUGCCAAGUCCAAUUUUGGUGAUUAUCAUGAAUUCUUCGAAACCGAGAAAAACAAACAUCCAGUAACAGAAGAAGCACAUCAAAUGGAGAAGGAAGUUGAAGCAUCAAGCGAUUAUGCAGUGAGGAUUCAUAAUGUAUCCAGGCUUUUCUUCAACACAGAAGGAAAACCUAUUCCUGCUGUCAACUGUGUAUCAUUAGGCGUCAAGGAAGGAUCAAUUUUUGGAUUUCUUGGAGCUAAUGGUGCUGGUAAAACAACAUUAAUUAACAUGAUUACUUCACCCCUUCCCCCAUCAGAUGGUACAAUCCAUAUUCAUGGCAAAGAUAUAAUGACAGAUAAUGAUCCAUCCAAAUUGUCUGUUUGUCCACAAUUCAAUACCCAUCUUUGCAUGGAUAUGACAAUUGCAGAACAUUUCCAUUUCUAUUCCUUACUUCAAGGAAUGAGUCCUCAACAUGAAGAAAAGAACAGCAAAAGAUUAUUAGAACUUCUUGAACUCAAUGACUUCAAAGAUUUACCAAUCAGAGAACUCUCAGAAGGCGAUGCAAGAAAGCUUGCCAUUGCAUUAUCUUUCUUGGGAAAGGCUUCCAUUAUCCUUCUUGAUGAACCAACUGCAACAUUGGAUCCGGUAUCCAGAAAACAAAUCCAUGAAAUGAUUUUAUACUAUAAGGGACAAAAGACAUUCAUGCUUUGCACACAUCUUCUAUCUGAAGCAGAAUUCCUUUGUGAUACAAUAUCAAUCAUGAUCAAAGGCAAUGUUUACACAGUUGGUUCACCUUAA